CAGCAGAGUAACAAAAAUACUUAGUCAACGAAAUUCAGUCGGCUAUAUUGGCGCUUGCGAAUAAAGAAAAACGCAGAUUUAAAGAGAAAUUGAACCAAAAAAUGUAGUUAAAUAUGAAAAAAUAAAUGGGAAAUGGAAAUAGCAAUCUGACAGGAGGUCUAAGAAUCAGAGUCUUGAUAUUUGAAGAGCGUAUAUUGGACUAACUGGUUCAGGACUUUUUGGAGGACUUGUCCGUAACUUCGGCACGGAGAGAAAUAUAUUAAUUGAUCAUACACGUUGGGAUACUCCAUUUCCACAUUUGGAAGACUACACAUUCGAAACCGACGUGUUACUUGAGUCGAUUGCACAUCCUGAAUUAAUUUCAGCGGGUGAAUCAAGUGGUGAAAGUGAGUCGGACAGCGAAGAGAUAUACAACAUCAGUCGCGAAUUGUGUGAUAACUAGUUCGAAACUUCAAAAGGAAAAGUUGACAUUUUGUUCCAUAUUUUUGUAAUAAAAAGGAAAAAAUUAAAUGGGAAGCAGUCUUGGCUCUUUAUCGGGCUUAUUAUCAAUUAAAGUAAUAAUUUCAAAAACUCGAGUGUAUGUCAGAUUGAGUGGUAGUGGAUUUUUAAGUGGAGUAUCAAGGAACUUUGUGAUUUCACGAGACCAGCGAAGUUUAACAAUACCAAGUUUUCGGCGUAAACUUGAAAUAUAUUCGUUCAACACAGUAGUAUCGGUAGAAGCAGAUUCGGAUACUGAGGAUUCGGAUAAGGAAAACUAACUUGAUAUCAAUUAUAUGGAAACAGUGGAACCAGACGAGUUGCGGAUAACAUUAAUCAUCGGAACGAGAACCAUCAGCGUAAUAAUCAACGGAAGCGGUAAUUCGAGCCAUAUCAGAGGAUAUUUUGAGAUUAGAAGAGACACCACGUAUUUGCAGUCAGAAGCUGAAGUUAUUUGUUUGAUCAUACCAACGACAACAAAAUAAAGGUGAGUGAAUUUUCAAUUUAAUGAAUCGGUCACAGGCGAGUAGGCUGGAAAAUUUACAAUUACCGCUUAAAUUAGACCAAUUGAUUAGAGAGCUAAAAACAUUGCAAUCAAGGCUCAGAAACGCGGAAAAGAGAGACGACCUAUUAUUGAUCGAAAGUUUGCGUAGUAAAGUAAAUCAUAAAACAAAGGAAGUAAUUGCCAAACGUAACAGAAUUGUUGAGUAUUUGUUUGAGGGACAUUUAACAUUUAAAACUCUUCCAUUAGAAGAACUCCUGAAAAAAGAGGAGGAUAUAGAAGCUGUUUUGAGGCUAUCAAACCUGGAUGAAAGAAGAGAAAAUUAUAUAAAUAUUUUGAACGAAUUAAAACAAGUUAUCAAAGAAAAAUCGAAAUUAAGAUCUCUUGAGAGUUUUAUCAGUUCGGAAAUGGUUUUUAGAUCGCCACUCAAUGAUAAGGAAAAGGAGACCAAUUCUGGUAAAAAAGAUAGGGAACCUGAUGAUAGUGACUCUGACACUAUUAAAGACGUUGAUGAAAAAAUGGAAAACAUUAAUAACCCCGAAACGAUUCCAGACAGAAAUGAGAGAGGCGGAGCUUUUAGUCUAGCUCAGUCAAAAUUCAAUGACCCUCUCGAUAAUUUCAAUUUAAAAAGUUCAAAUAGAUAUUCGGAAGACCUGAAAGAAUCUGCUCAGCUUAGACCGGAAAAGAAUAUCAAGGAUAUGAACGAAUUUUUUGAUAAUCUUCGAAUUUGGGCUAAUGAUACCACUGGUCCUCCACCAAAACCGAAUAGAGACAGUCUUAAAUUAAAUUUUGGAAGUUAUAUUCCAACUCCCAAUAGAAAAUCAGUCAAAUUCAGUGAGGUGGAUCCACGAAAACAUUUGUCAACCAUUGUAGAAGAAAGUCCUUACUUGAGUCAAAGACGUGUAUUGGAUAAAGAAGAAGGUUAUGAUACGGUUGACAUAACCUCUGAUGAUUUCGUAAAUAAAAGAAGACCAAAACGGGAUGAAUUAGUAUUUAGACCCGAUCAUUUUUCUUUAACUGAAACGGAAUUAAGAGAAUGUGCAGAACAAGAAGCCAGAUAUAAAAAUGAGAGGUUGAAUAGAGAGCGCAGUCAACAUGAACAGGAAUAUGUAAAUCCGUUUUCUAUGCCAGGAAAUCGUUUUCAACAAGUUGAUUCAAAUUUUCAAGGUCAACCAACAAUGUAUUUUCAAUCAGAUUUUACUUCACGUAAUAUUCCACAAUAUUCGGGGAGUAAUGUGUUACCUGUAUCGAAUACUCGUCGCACUGGUGAAUUUUCUUCAAUAAAUGAACCAGUAUAUGUUGAUAUGCAUAAUUUACAUAUUUCCAAUCGAAAUAUGCCAACUAAUUCAAAUGUUGCUAUGAUGCCUCAAAACUCGAGUGCUGACCGUAUUCAGCAUCCGAGCAUAAAUCCAAAUAAUUUUUUCGCAUCUGCACAGCCGAGUAACUAUUUUCAAGACAAUUUUCCUCAAAAUUUACAACAAUAUCGUAACGUACCCACACAGACAGUCUUUAACCCGCCUAAUCAGGCAAUGUCAGCGCAACAGUUGGACCAAGAUGCAACUAAUGACCAUGAGAUUAGACGACAAUUUCUUCGUCGCCUUAAAUCUAUUCCAAAAUUCGAUGGUAGUUCGUAUAGAGAAUUAAUAGAUUUUGUUGAUAUCUCUGACACAUUGUUUAGAUCGUGCAUGAAUGAAGCGGAAGAAAAUGAGUUUUAUGAACAAAUGAUACUCCAGUUGCGUGGUGAAGCGAAGCAAGUUAUUUCUAACUCACGUAGUUCAGACUGGGAUACAAUCAAAUCAAAAUUGCAAAAACACUUUUCUUAUCUUGCAAACAAAGAGGUGUUGACCAGUCAAUUAGAAAACAUGCGUCAAGAAAAGGACGAAUCAUUGGCUAAAUACGCUGAACGUGCAAGAAAAAUGCUUCAAGAGAAAAAUUCCGUUUAUAAAGUUUUGACUGAGGAUCAAAAACUGGAACAUAGUCGAAUGGCCCGUAAAGCAUUUGCAAAAGGCAUACAGAAUAGCAACCUUAAAACUAGACUUGUUACGCGUGGUGCCAGCUCAUUGGAAGAUGCAAUCGCUUAUGCAAUCGAAGCAGAAACCGAUGAAUUAUAUGAAAUUCCUAAGCGGGAAUUGUACUGCAGGCAUUGUAGGCUAAAUGGCCAUCGCGAAAAAUUAUGUCGCUUCAAAAACACGGAUAAUAACGGAAUAAAUACAUUAAUUUCCGCAUUACAGUCUUUCAGUGCAAGUAGGACACCGAAUAGAAAUAAUCGCGAUGGUUCCAAUCGAUUUGGUCAAGUUUUUGACAACGAUCGCUUUAAUCAAGGUUGGGAUAAUAUUAAUAAUAAUAACAAUAAUAAUAGUCUAUUCUUCAACCGGAACUGGAAUACGCGCAAUAAUAAUGGCCAAUCGAAUCAGAAUUGGUUCGCCCGAAAUAACAACUCCAAUUCUAACAAUAAUUCCAAUAACAACCAAAAAUCGGAACUGGUCCGAUCAAAGGGCUAAUCAAUAACAACCCAACCAGAAUCGUUUUCCACAGCGCAAUGAUAAUCGUAUAAAUCAAAGAUUAAGUAACAUCCUUUUGGGUGGUUUUGAACUUUCUGACGACGAGUAUCUUUCGGAAAACUAGAAAGGGUGGAUCAAGAAGGGUGCUCCAUCCAACACAGCCAAUUUAAUAAUCAAUUUUCGUACGAUAGAAAACGAUGAGGAAACUUCAAACGCGCUAAAAAAAAACAUUGAAAUCUUGCCAAAAAACAGAGCUAAAAAAAGCAUUGAAAUAAGGCACAAUAUUUAUAGUGAGAAUGGAACAUCAUAUAUCUGAGUGUGAAUAUGAGUGAUAGGCCAGUACGAUU